GCAGCAGCAGCGCACGCGUCCGUCACGAGCUGGUUCCGUUUCUUCUUUUUAUAUACCGGAUAUAAUUAACCGAGGUCCUUUUUGUUGUUCACGUGAUAAAAAUGCGUGUUUUAAAAUUGUCCAGGAAACAUCGAUUUCUGCCGUGACGUGGUUUGUUUGUUUUGUCUGUUUUUAAUUUUUGCUUAUUAAUUUUUUGACGCAGUUGGGAUUAUUCCUGGAGUCAAAGGUCGCUCCCCAGUUUUCCUCCCAGCAUGGACAAAUCCCACCUUUCCGGCUCCAGUGACAUCAUCAUGACAGGUUCAACAGGCUCCUACCAGCAGGAACCUCUGACUCCGCCCAGAGCCGCCCACCACCACUCCUCAUCUUCCUCCUCGCCCUCCUCUUCCUCCUCACCCCUCAAGCCCAACCAGGUGGGCCAGGUCAUCCUGUAUGGCGUCCCCAUCGUGUCCCUGGUCAUCGACAACAUCGAGAGACUUUGCCUGGCACAGAUUUCCAACACACUCCUGAAGAACUACAGCUACAAUGAGAUCCAUAACCGCCGCGUGGCGCUGGGCAUCACCUGCGUCCAGUGCACGCCGGUGCAGCUGGAGAUCCUGCGUCGUGCCGGCGCCAUGCCCAUCUCCUCACGCCGCUGCGGCAUGAUCACCAAGCGCGAAGCCGAGCGCCUGUGCAAGUCCUUCCUGGGAGAGAACGCGCCGCCCAAACUGCCCGACAACUUCGCCUUCGAUGUGACGCACGAGUGUGCCUGGGGUUGCCGUGGCAACUUUAUUCCGGCGCGCUACAACAGCUCCAGAGCAAAGUGCAUCAAGUGCUCCUUCUGUAACAUGUACUUCUCCCCGAAUAAGUUCAUCUUUCACUCCCACCGCACGCCCGACGCCAAGUACACGCAGCCCGAUGCCGCCAACUUCAACUCCUGGCGACGACAUCUCAAACUCAGCGACAAAAUCCCGGCAGACGAGUUGGUUUAUGCGUGGGAGGACGUCAAAGCCAUGUUUAACGGAGGCAGCAGGAAGAGAGCGCUCCCCUCGUCAUCACACUGUUCCUCACUGGGGCCGAUGAAGAGUCUGUCGGGUUCAGUGGUGCCUCACAUGAUGGGGCCCGACCUGAGUGCUCAGAAAAGAGCCCGCUUUGAAGACGACGACGAUCUGGAUGGAGGCAGCAUGUCUCCCCGUAAAGCGCCACGCAGUUAUCCGGUCAUCCCCGUCCCAAGCAAAAGCUUCGGCAUGCUGCAAAAGUUCCCUCCCACGUCACUCUUCCCAUCGCCAUACCCAUUCCCGGCGUUCGGCCUCUGCCAGCAGAAAAAAGAGGACAGUGAUGUUUCCACUGGGCAGAAAGGAGCAGGGCUGUCCGGUCUUCUGUGGCCCGGCCGCAAAGACACUUUUUAUCCUCCUUUCUGCAUGUUUUGGCCACCGAGAGCAGCAGGAGGAAUCCCCGUCCCUACUUAUCUCCAGCCUCAGCCCAGCGCACUCUCAUCCCUGGCGGAAAACCCUUCCCUCCGACAGGCCUUCCUGGAUCUGUCAGACCCCAGCGAGCCUGGAGCUGUAGCUGGGAGUGGAACUGGUGUCGGUGCAACCAUAGCCUCUGGCAGUGGAGCCACGACACCAAGACCAGGGCUGUUUGACCCCGACUGCUCAGCAGUGACCCCUGACCUCCGCCCUGUGACAUCAGAGGGUUGGCUCAAACUCCUAGACACCCCGACCCUCCAAACCAGGAAGCCGAGCUACGGCUCAGCCUUCCGUCCCGUCGUCAAGGACUCGGAGAGCAUCGCCAAACUCCACAGCAACAGUGGAGGAGUCACCGUGGCGACGGAUGAGGACUUUGGGGUCGUCGUUGCCGGGUCAGAUCGCCAUCACCGGCUAUCGCCCACCAGCAGCUGUAGUUACGGAAGUGAGAGUGGGGUAGAAGCGGAGGGAGGGGACAGCGAGGAGGAGGGGGAGGUGGACGUGGAGUCGUCGAAGCAGGACGAGGAGGAGGAGGGAGGGAGUUUCACAAGCAGGCCACCACAGACUCAAACCAACCUGUACCUCCCCACGCUGAGCGACAGCGCCGGAGAGGAGCGAGGGAAGGAGCGAGGGAGCAGCGGCGUCACAUAUCCCAGUGCCUCCCCUCCUCCCUCCUCCUCCUCCUCGGACCCUAUCCAGCAGGAGUCCCCCAGCCUGCCCGCCUCCCCUCCAGCCAGCCUGCCGCUCUCCAGCUCCAACCCACCACACCGAGAGGACCAGGCUUACAAAAACAGCCACAAAAACAGAGACGAAGGUCUACCUGCGUAUGCAACAACCAAAGACAGCUCCAGCAUCUCGGACGAUAACAAAGAGCAGAGUAGUUUCUUUGCACCAGAGAGCGAGACGACAGCGCCGGACUACUGGAGGGAGAGCUCAGGUGAUCAGAGCCAAAGAGCUGCCUCUCCUGUUCCACUAAAGAAGGACGUGGAGAACAUGGAGAAAGAGGAGCUUCAGAAGGUUUUGCUGGAGCAGAUCGACUUCAGGAGGAGACUGGAGCAGGAGUUCCACGCUCUCAAAGGCACCACGCCGUUCCCCGUCUUCCAUAAUUUCCAAGACCAGAUGAAACGGGAGCUUGCCUAUAGAGAGGAGAUGGUCCAACAGCUACAGAUGAUUCCCUACGCAAACAUCAUCAGAAAAGAAAAGAUCAGCUCACAUCUCAACAAGUAGCGGAAAGAAAGACUCGGAGUCAAAAAACGAGGGAGAAGCUGCUUGGAUUUCUGUGAAUGUUCCAAGAACCAUGAUUAAAAACCGAACAAACUCGCACAAAAACUUGUACAUAAAUACUGUAAAUAUAAAUAUAUACCAUUGGGGACCAGUCACUCUUUCCCAAUACCUUGAUGAUUUGAAACUGGUCUCAGAAUUUGUACAUUUAUUAUUUAUUCCCUCUGAACCCCGGUAACGACCCCGGUCAGAACUCAUUUGGACCAGUUUGCUCUGCUUCAUCUUUCCGACUGAACUGCACAGUCAAAAAACUCAAAGCUUUACCCAAACAGGACCAAAGUGACCGUGACCUUUUCACUCUGGCUUUUGAAGACUGACAAGAUGGCAGAAAAAUGACGCCGUAAACAUUUUUCAAACUCUUAAAAAAGAUCAUAGAUUCAACUCUGACUAUGACCUUUGCUGUUGUACAGUUCAUACACCAGAUCACCACGAGGACGAGGACGUCACACGAGACUUUUUCACUGAAAACAUCAAGAGGAGAAAAACACGACCACCUUUUAUUUAUUAUCGUCAGUAUUACGUCCCAAAGGGAUUCUUGCUCAUCGUGUCUUAUUUGUGUUGACCGACCAAAAACGAACAAGAAAAAAAGAACAAAAAUCAUUAUUACAUGAUCAAUAAACACUGAGGAUAAGUCCUUGGAGACUCGAUACACAGACUUUAUAGUUGUCCCCUAAACUGGAAGAUGCCACAUGAAGAACAAAGAGCGAAGAGAUCGGAGCACAAAGGAGGAUUUAAAGCUCACGGAGCUGCACUUUGACCGGUGGUGUCACACUUUAUGCAGACUGAGUUUCCACCCAUAGUUUGUUUUAUUUGUGAAUGAAAAAGUACCGACAGUGUAAGUGUCAAUGCUGCUGUUUUACUUUUAAAAUAAAACAUCCUAUAACAUUUACAGUGUUUAUUUGAGGGUGACAAAUUAAAUUUGCAGCACCCACCGGCUGCCGGAUUUGCCUCUAAACUGUGUUUAAGGCAGGAAAUUAAAGUCCAACUCCAAGUAUUUAUUUGCUCUUUAAAAGAACGUGUUGUUUUGCCUGUAAAUUAUUUCACACUACUAAAAAAAAAAAAAAUGCUUAUGUCUGUCUACGUGUUUCUUUGUUUGUUUAUUUAUUCAUGCAUUCAUUCAUUCAAGUAUCAGACCCUGUUUACUAGAAUAUUAUUUAUGGCAUUGUUAAAAGUAAGAGACAUAAUGAUGAUGAUGAGAGAGAGUGAGAGAAUAAAAAUGAAAAUUCAAGUUCUUUAUAAAAAUGAAAUGACUGAAUGGAUAUAAAUUUGUCACCUAAUGAGGAAAAAAAACUAACAACAACAACAAAUGUUACCAUUAUGAACUGUUAAUGAAGAUGUAUUUAAA